AUGAUUAUGAACUGCAAAGAGACUGAUAUGGGCUACUAUUUGUGUCGGGCAAGCAACAGUAUUGGUUAUCCUCUCAGUAAAGUAGCUCACUUAACCGUACACAUUCCGGCUCGAUAUACAGACGACGUGCAGAAAAAUUAUACCGUCAAAAGGUCGGAAAACACGACCUUGGAAUGUUCUGCCAGCGGCGACAAACCGAUAUUUGUCACCUGGCGUUUUGGUUCGGAUACAAUUAACAGCCAAGUGAAUCCCAGAAUGAGGGUCGAAAAUAUCGACACGACAUCUCGGCUGCACGUGACGAGAGCAAGACGAGAAGACAGCGGUGUUUACGUGUGUAACGCUGAAAACAAAUACGGAUUUGGAGAGACAACGCGUCGCCUCAUUGUGGUUGAGCCACCAGAACGACCAAUCGCUUUGAAGAUGGAGAAUCGGACAAGUCAGACAGUGACUGUUUCAUGGAAACAACCAUAUAAUGGCAAUAGUCGAAUAACGGCUUACAUCUUGCAAUAUAAAAAUCUCUCAGGUAAAAGAAUUUAA